UUGAACCGGGUGAUAUGAUGAAAUUCGCUAAUUCGGACACGACGACAAUGUCGUUGCGGCAUGGUGAACAAUAUGAAAAUUGUUCGGAGCUGCUUAUCGAGCCAGGUAUGACAUCGCUCGAAGAAUUGGACCCGGCUAUCCUGAGCUGCGGUUUGCCGGCCAUCGUACUGAACGAGGAAGAUUUGGCAACAUCAACGACAACGGCGACGGCGACGCAAAACCCGAUUCAUCCGUCGUCCCUGAUGGGUUCCUUCAAUGUUGCUGCCGCCACCGCCGCCAACGUGAUCCGCUACACGGUCGCCCAUUUGCUGGCCCUUAGAAAGAGCCCGUUUUCUCAUCGACGCCCGGCCGCAAUCGACGAUCCGCGCACGGGACAGUACCCGAUAUGGAGCCGUACCGGUUUUACUCAGCAGCAGGACACUCGGGUACGCCGGGCGAGCCGUGGUGGUAGCGACGACGAGCAUCUGGCUUACGGUCGCAAACCAAACGAUCGACAACGGGACAAUGGCUUCAAUCCGCCAAGAUUUCGACGUAAUCAUGAGUUUAGCAACCGGAACCAUCACGUGAUAGUGAAAAGCUACAAUACGGGUGACCCUUCCGGACAUGGCAGUGCGAUGCGUCUGCAGGAUACGAUCAUCGAGGAGGAACCGGAAUGGGUUGUCGGUGGUCCCACUUCCCGUCUGGAUACGAUCGAAUUGCGUGGCUUCGAUGAGGAUGUAAGUCGCACGGUAUCGGAAUCGUUGAAGGCAUCGCCGCCGUGUGGCAAACAGCGGGGAGCUUUCUUUGACGAGCUGCUCCACUACGAGCACGUUCACCCGAAGCAUCAUGGUGGUGCGAAACACGACACUUCCGGUAGUGCCGGCGAAGGUGAGAGUGUGUCCACCUCGAACAAUGGUUCUCCACCACCGGCUCGCAGUACACCGACCAAGAGUGGUCCGGCGGAUAUGAACCACAACGGCGGCGGACAUGGUCGUAAGCUGUCCGGGAUGGCCGCCGGAUGUUCGUCUUCCGGUGGUGGUGGGGGAGUAAACGUAUCCAACUUUGAGGAAUUGAUGAAGUUUGAUUCGAUUCUCGGCGAUUCGGGUGAUUCGUCUAGUUCCCGGUUCAGUAAAUACUAUCACCGUGGGAACGGUGGUGUUGCAUCGGGCAGUGGUAUUGGUGGACAACAUCAUUAUCAGAACCAUCACUCGCAACAUUCCCAACAUCACGUCCGUUUUGCACUCGAACGGAACACUCAUCACUACAACAGUGCACCAUCGCAACACCAGAACCGGCAGGCCGGUUCAGGUCGACUGCCAAUUUCGGCACUCCAACAUCCGCCCGCCGGUGUUGAAUCGUACCAGCCGGGCGCUUCCGGAUCAUCCGGCUUACCAACCACCGGUGAUGCAAAGUCCUUCCAGCGACUGCUUGAAAUGUUGGCCGCCCAAAACCAACGCAAUUAUCAGCAGCAACAGCAACAGUACCUGCUGCAGCUGCUCCAAAACUGUCAGGAAACGGAAACGCUCCGUCAGAUGUUGCUGAAGAAAUGUUCGCUGGAAAAUGCGGCCACCAACCAGCCAGGUGGUCAACAGCAAAGCCAACGCAUUCCAACGCAAGCCGAACUGCAGCAACACACGCAAACGAUCAUGAAGCAGGCGCUGCUGCGCAAGAAGAUCGCCGAACAGAGCCGGUACAUGCUGGAGCAACGAAACGGUCAGGAAGCGAUACCGGCCGUUCAGCAGCUGAUACAAUCGAUCUGCCCGAACGCACAGCGCAGUCUGUCCGUGCUGGCCGGCAAUAAUGGACCGGAAGGUAGAAACGAUCUUGGAGCUGUCGGCGGCGGGACCAUGUUUGCUGGCGCGAACCGUGGAGGUCAAAUGAGACAUUCGAACAGACGUUACUAG